AUGAUUACUGGUGCUGAAGGCCGUCAAACUCAAACAUUAUUGGAUUUGAAAAAGCAGCAAUGGGCUAAAGAAAGAGAGGAAAUUGCUCGUUUGGAUAAAAUGUUUUCUUCUUCUAUGCACUCUUCCUCGACACACCACCACAAAAUCGAACGCACUUCCAUACGCACUUAUUACUCAAAUUUGGAUUUACACGAGUCCUCCACCAUUAAUCAGCAUAAUCCGCAACAAAAUUUAUAUCAAAAAGAAAAGUCACACCCACCUACAAACAUAGAAUUAAAUCAACACAUACCGUAUCAAAGAGAGCAAAUGAAUAAAUACGCCGUAGUUCCAAGACAGCAAGUAACGCCAGGGCAACGAGCUAAUAUAAGACGUGGAAUAAGCUAUGAUUAUACAGACGAUGACGAUGGAAUGUAUGAGGCAGAUUUUGAAGAUGUCACUGAUUCACAAGGCUUUGUAAGACUUCGUAAAGGUAGCUAUGCUUUGCAGGCUAUAGAUAAUAAAUCGCUUGCACCACGACAACGUAACAGCACGACAAGUACAAUGACUUAUCACGUACCAGGUAAUCGGAGACAUCGUUACGCAGAACCAUUGGUCAUGAAUGCUUUGCAAACGGCCAACCCACGCAUUCAGAAUAGCCAGGGGCAACGCAUACGCAGUCCUAGUCUGCCAGUGAUACGCAAUCGAAAUUUCAAGAUCUGUGAAAAUGAUAAGCAAAGCAUUCAUAAACUGCCAUUAAAGAAUAGAGAGCCUAGUAACUUGGCACAUCGAUUAAACAACGUUCAACAGCCUGAAAACAACGGUUGCCAGGAGGAAGAUACUUCCGGUUAUAUAAGUGAUUCGCCAAAAAACACACACACCCCCAACAUAUGGUUUAACGAUGGUGCAAGUCAAAUUGAAAGUAUUGUUAGUGGUGGUAAUGAGAGCAGUGCUAUGGGUGUAGGUGGAAGUGACGGUUUAAUUUAUAGAGAGAAAAUAGUUGCUAAUGAACCGAUAACGAUUAAAGGUCAACAGCCUGAUGAUAAGCAUUCGCAAACGUUAAAUAAAACCUUUAUAGUAAGUAGACGUGGAAAUAAACAACAACAACGUUUGCCCAACUAUGAUGACGACGGACUGACUAACGCACAAGGCGAAGGAGGUUAUUACGUAGUCUCUAACUCAACACCGUCUAACGUUAGCCGUGAUGUAUCCACUUCCAAUACUUAUGAGAUAUCUUCAUCUACAAAUGAAAUGGAUGCUUAUGUACGGGCUCAUGAGGAACGAGAACGAGCCAAAUGGUCUUAUGGUCAAAUGCAAGAUUAUCAAUGUAAGCAACAGCAACAGCACGCAGACGGUCCGGGAUGGUUAAACCGCGGCCAUCACGAUCUAAAGGAUAGCGAAGAUGAUAACCAAUCGUUACAUUCUUCCACUUAUCUUAGGGGUCAAAAUGUACCGGUUGAUGCCCAAGCCAUGGCCGAACGAUUAGAUAAGAAGCGUAAAGCUUUAGAAUAUCAACAGGCGAUUAAACAGCAACUGCACGAAAAAGAGACGAAACGAAGAUGGGAAAUGGAACGUUACAGACUGGAGGAGCGUCAAGAAGAAGAACGUAUACGUAAGCAGAAGCAAUUGGAGCGAGAACGCCUAGAAAUAGAACGUCAGCAAGUUCAAGAGAGAGAAGAAGCGCAAAAACGUAAGCAACAAGCAAUGCUGGAUGCAAUUGUGAAAGCAGAAAUGGCGGCAAAAUUAGAAAAACAAAAAAAACGUAAUAAAUAUAUCGAUAGAAUGGAACAGGAAAGAGAAACAGAAAUUAAGGAAGAAAUUGAGGAGACUCAUGAAAGUCAAGAAAAGUGUCAAGGACUUUACAAAAUGGAGGAAAAAUUUGAACCAGAGACCAAGGAUGAAGAAAGUGAAGAAAAAGUUUUAAUUGGCACGCCCAUUAAUUUGCGAAAAAGUUUCACUAAACCCAAACCGGUCGAAACAUGUGAAAAUAAUAAACGGACAGAAUAUCAGAAUACGGAAAAUGUAAUGAUUAUGCAACCGGCCACCUUGAUACCUUUACCAGUCACGACAGAUAUUUUGGGUUUACAAACAGCUAUAGGUAAUCUUCAAAUAGCCACGUAUCUGAUGCAACAACAAAUGAAGCCGAAUUCUGCCAUCGCAAAAGAGGAAUUAAUCUCCGAAGUAACCGAUACAAGCACGGAGCAGAUCCAGGAUAAAAAAAUAGAUAACUGUUUAAGAUUGGAAGAAGCGGAACAAAUGAUGAAACCAAAAGAUUUGACAUUAAUGCCAGGAAGCGAGCUUAGAGCAGAGGAUGUCAACGGAGAACCGGAAUUAAGAGAAUUUUUCGAGGAAUCUGUGGAUCGUCAAGAUGUGGAAACGCAAACUGAACUGCCAUUGAAUUGCGAUUUAUGUCUAUUUCAUGACAAUUUUUAUAAAGUGUUACUUAAGCGAGAAGUUUCGACUACCACCACUACUCAGACAUCAAAGAGCAAUAGCAAGCCGGCUAAAGAGACUGAAAAGGAUCAUGAAACAACUACUACAACUACCACAACUACUACGACUACCUUUAAGGCUAAGACUAAGGAGAAAGAGAAGAAGCGUCACAAAAUGGACGAACGACCGAAAUGGGGCGUCAAUCGUCCUGUAGUUCAGUAUGUAAAGGCAAGCGAUAGAGACCCGUUUUAUUUGCGGAACAAAAAGAAACAUACAAUUUUAAGUAACCAUAGCAAGCCUAGUCGCUCUCAAUCAAUGGACUCGAGAUUGGCUGACUCUGAAAAUCUUGAUCACAAAGAUGGCGAGGACGACGAAGCAGAAGAAGAAUUGAAUGAUGAAAAGGAAGGUUUCCUUUUAAAGGCCCGAAAUGUGUGUACAGAAAUUUUACCCAUUAAAACCGAUGAGAAAGGAAGGAUUUUUUUGAAUUUUCGCGAAGCGAGCGCCAUUAUGAAUGAAGACGAAAUCAAAGAGAAGUUGAGGCAAAAAUAUUUUAACUUUGGUAGAAUUUUGCCGCGACGCAAUUGGGCCUCAGCCAAUCAUCAGGGUAAACUUAAUUACGCUGUGGUCAAUGGGCAGGUGGGCGAUUUGAAUGACGAUUAA